UAGAAGGUUGCAAACAGGUUGGGGAAUGUACAUUUUUUGAGUCGAAUUCCCUUUUUGUAUAUUUUAUUAAUAUUAAUUAUGACCCGUUUCAAGAUGUAAACGUCGGGAAAAUUAUUUUAAAAUAACCAUUUUAUGAAUUGAUUCCACUGCAGUUUUAUAUGCCACUUGUUAAAAAUUGAGCGUCCAACAAAUAAAGAGGCACAAGCCAUGCCUGCAGUGGUGGCCUGCCGCCCUCAGAGCAGUGAGCAGAUGUUCCAGGCCUUAAAGCAAUAUAUACUGAAAGAACGACAAAAAAAGAAACAGGAACAGGAGGCAGAUGCAGAAGUAGAAAGGCAACGGAAAGAACGGGAACUGCAACAGAAACAGGAUGUUAUGACUUUAGAGGAAAACAGAGAACAGAUUGCACAGCUAGAGCAAACACUAAAUCAACUUAAGGAUGAGAAACAUCAGCUCUUUUUACAACUUAAAAAGGUAUUAAACGAAGAUGAACGGAGACGACAGCAGGAAACUAGCAAUGAGGUCGUGGACAUGUAUGGCGGCUUGUAUACAGGCGUUUCUCCCAUGCCUGGACAGCUUUCGCAGCUUGUUAUUCAACAGCCUAAUUAUGUUCCUAUGCCUGAUCGUCCAAUGUACAAGGUGCCACCAACGCAUUCAUUUCUUUCACCACCAUCUUUGAAGCGCCCGAGAAGUCCUUCUCCCCCGCCGCACAAACCCCAUUAUAGCCAACAUUAUCCACAGAAACCGGCUCCACCUCCACCACAACGUGUUGUUACAUAUCAAAAAGGAAGCUACAGUUAUUAUCACCAUGGACCAGGUCCACCUCCUGCUCAACCUGCUUUUGGCUAUCCCGGUCAACAGUUUGGGCCUUCUUCAAGUCGAACUGAAGUUUCUCAUCCUGACUCUCAAAGCUCUAAACAUCACAUAUAUAUGACUCAACCAAUGCCCCAUCCAGUAACAUCGUGGCAUACUCCAUUGGAUAAAUUCAGUUUGAAUGAGGACAAGUACUAUCCUGUGGCUGUGGCUUCUAUUCGACCAGCAACUCAUGUACCAGUGCAUGGUGGUGCGAUUCCAAUUCAGCAACCUGCCCAGGGAACAAAGACUGGUGGAAUAACAUCAGGAUAUCCUAUUAGACCUCCGUCUUCAGCGCCUCCUCAACCACAUUUGGUAGUACCGUCUUCUAACACCACGCAUGGCGUGUAUCCAAGUCAACCGUCAAGCAGUAGACUUGUAUACAGUCAGGCACCGCACUACCUGCCAAGGGACUUGUAAUCUUUUCCUGUUACAAAAGCAAACAACAAACUACAAAAGUGUAGUUAUUUGUAAACACUGUAUAAAUUUUCAUUUUUAUGAAUUGAUGGUAUUUUUUCUCGCAGUAGGGUUUGACAUUGAAACACUUAAAUACUAUGAAAUGUAAUACUAUUUUCCAAAUUUAUAAUAACCACAGUACAUUAUUAAUUAUAAACAAACAAGGAUUUAAUUGUAAUAAAGACAAGA